GCAAAGACUUCUAGUUAUCAAUCUAACAAGUAACUUUCGCCGCCAGCCUCAUCACUUAGGAGGGUGAUACGUUUAAGAUAAGAUAGCACGAUCAUGGAUCAGUUAGAAAGCUCCUUUAACGCAGAAAAAAAGAUCUGGUCCGGCAGAAAAGUGAAGCCAAUUUACAACCCCAAAUUGACCAUUGGUGAACUAAUUCGGUCAACAUUGCAACGUAAUCCUAAAAGGAUUGGUCAGAUUUAUGAUGAUAAUGGAGUGCAACUCACUAAUGGCGAGCUUCUACUACGCUCCUACAAAAUCGGAUACCACCUGAUGGAAAGGUGGAACCUACAGAAUACGGAUGUGGUCGGACUUAUAGCCAGAAACACAGAAAACCUAGCUCCUCUUGUCUUCGGGCUGUUCUUUUGUGGUGUGUCAGUUAAUACCUUGGAUACGUCUUUCAGUAAAGAUGAAAUUGUCAACAUAUUCAAGUUCACAAAACCUAAACUGGUCUUCUGCGAUGCUGACAUGUAUCAAGCAGUUAAGGAUUGUUUGGAAAUAUUGGGGAAUCCUGCCGCAAUCUAUACUGUAACUGGAAAAUUAGAAGAACAACUGGCCACAUCAGUAGAUCAGAUCCUUGAUCAAGUAACGAUUGAGGACGCACAGAAGUUCAGGCCCAGUGAACCCGAAGAUGCCACAAAUCACCCCGUUAUGAUAGUUUGCUCAUCAGGGACAACUGGACCAGCCAAAGGAGUGUGCGUAUCACAUAAUUCCUUGCUCCAAAGCAGUAAUUUCAGGGUUUUUGAACGGACCGAUAUCCUGUUAUGCUUCAGUUCCUUGUACUGGCUGUCAGGAGUAUUCUCACUUCUUUUGGGAACCAUCCUCGGUUUAACGAGGAUAAUCACUAGUCAACCAUUCACUCCCGAGUUAAUGCUACGCUUGAUAGAAAAAUAUCGAGUUACAUCCAUCUUAACGCCACCAUCGCAACUAGCAAUGAUGCUUCAAUGUCCUGACAUCAAAACCAGGGAUUUAUCUAGUCUUCGUGAAUACCUUUGUGGAGGUAGUUUUGUUGCCCCUACACUUUGCGAUAAGAUGGAAGAGCACCUUCCAAACGGGAAGAUGAUAGUUGCAUACGGAUCAACGGAAAUGGGAGGACUUUGUACUAUGAAUGUGAAUCCAUCCAAGUAUGGAUCAGUUGGAAAGCUGGUUGAUAACCUUCAAAUGAAAAUUGUCGACGAUGACGGUGUUCCAUUGGGACCAAACGAAAACGGAGAAAUUUGUGUGAAGCCCAGUCAUAAAUUUCUGGGUUACUAUGGCCGCAUGGAGGAUCUAGACUCUGUUCUAGAUUGUGAAGGUUGGAUUCAUACCGGAGACGUUGGCCAUAUUGAUGACGACGGGUUCUUAUUCAUAGUAGAUCGGAAGAAGGAAAUUAUGAAAUAUAAAAAUUUCCAUUUCUCACCAAGUGAACUUGAAAGUUUUCUUUUGGGCAUCCCAGGAAUUAGUGAAGUUUGUGUUUGCGGAAUCCCAGAUCCAAUCUUCACCGAUCUUCCAGCGGCUCUCAUUGUACGCAGCAAAGACUCAAACAUCCAAGAAAAGGAUAUUGACGAUUAUAUGAAGAGCCAAUUAUCGGAUCACAAACAAUUACGCGGUGGAAUUUAUUUCGUAGACAGUUUGCCCAUGACGGCAUCAGGAAAGUAUAAACGAAAAGUGGUGAAAGAAAUUGCUAUUGAGUUAUACAAGGAGAGGGUGAACAGCAAGAAUAACUUACUCAAAGUAAAUUAAAUAAUUAAAUAACAAAA